GCCGCCGCCGCCGCCGCUGCGCCAUGGCGCUCGCAAGGCAAGUGCUUUGUCUCUCUGCUUUCCUCUCGCUGCCGCACGCUCGCGCCGAGCCCAUCCGCUACUCCGUAGCCGAGGAGGCGGAAAGCGGCUCCCUGGUGGGCCAGCUGGCGGAGGAUGCGGGGCUGACGCCGGCGCAGCUCUCGGCUCGCCGCGCCCGCCUGGUCUCGGAGGACGGCCGGCAGCAUUUUCGCUUAGACCGCGCCUCCGGCCGCCUCGUCGUGGCGGCGAGGCUGGACCGGGAGGAGCUCUGCGGCCAGUCCGCCACCUGCAUGCUCCCCUUCGAGCUGCUGCUCUCCAACCCCCUGCAGUUCUUUCGGGUCGAGGUGGCUCUGGACGAUAUCAAUGACCACUCACCCGUCUUCCCCGAGGAAAGAAUCACUUACAAGAUCCUGGAAACAAGUGACUCGGGUACACGUUUCCCACUGGAGGAGGCUCAGGACCUUGAUAUUGGCAUCAACAGCAUCCAGGCAUACAGCAUUGUUCCCAAGAACGAGUACUUUCGUGUCUUUUAUGGGACUCGCCUUGCAGGCAAGAAGUCUCUUGAACUUGUUCUGGAAAAACCUCUAGACAGGGAGAGUCAGGCAGAGAUGGGUUUCAGUCUCAUCGCCGUAGAUGGUGGCUCUCCUCCCAGGAGUGGCUCCACCGAAAUUGAUGUUGUUGUUCUAGAUGUAAAUGACAAUGCUCCCAUAUUCACACAGGAGGAGUACAUUGGAAAGAUUCUGGAGAACAUGCCAGCAGGCUCUGUAGUUCUGACUGUACUGGCAACUGAUCGGGAUACAGGAGUUAAUGGGGACAUCACCUAUCAACUCAGCCAGGCAGUGGGACAGAGUGACUCUGCAUUUGUGAUUGAUCCCACAACUGGUGAAAUUAAAAUCACAAAACCUCUGGACUUUGAGGUUUCAGAGCAUUAUGAACUCCGUGUGAGAGCCACAGAUGGUGGGGGUCUCUCAGCAAUCUGCAAAGUGCUGGUGGAGGUGGUGGAUGUGAAUGACAAUGCCCCAGAGCUGGUGGUCAGUUCCUUCAGCAGUCCCCUCCCCGAGAACACAGUGCCCGGCACGGUGGUUGCCCUGUUUGCGGUCAGGGACCGGGAUUCUGGUGCCAACGGGAAGAUCUCCUGUGCCCUCGAGGAUCAGCUCUUCUUCUCCCUGCGGCCAGCCUAUAAGAAUUACUAUGAGCUGGUGACAGUGAGCGUGCUGGACCGCGAGGAGACGCCUCGCUACAUCCUCAGUGUGAGGGCAGCAGAUGCGGGGUCGCCUCCUCUCACAACCACCCAGACCUUCAGCGUGGACAUCUCCGAUGUCAAUGACAACGCCCCCGUCUUCAACCAGAGCUCCUACACCAUGUACGUGCGUGAGAACAACGUCCCCACGGUGUUUGUUGGGGCCGUCAGUGCUGCAGAUGCUGACGUGGGGCUCAAUGCCAAGGUGACCUAUUCCCUGGCCCCAGAGCAAGGGGCAGAGCGGCCCUCGUGCUCCUGCAUCUCUGUGAACUCUGAGAACGGACACGUGUUUGUGCUGCGGCCCCUGGACUACGAGCACUUGAGGCAGACCGAGGUGACGGUCAGUGCCUCUGACGCGGGCUCUCCUCCCCUCAGAGCCAACGUCACCGUCCGCCUGGUCGUGCUGGACGAGAAUGACAACGCACCGCUGGUGCUCUACCCAGCCCAGGACAGCAGCCCAGCGUCCAGUGAGCUGGUGCCCGUGUCGGCUGAGGCGGGCUACCUCAUCAGCAAAGUGGUGGCCGUCGAUGCCGACUCGGGACAGAACUCCUGGCUCUCCUACCACCUGCUGAGGGCCACCGACCCAGGGCUGUUUUCCGUGGCCCUCCAAAGCGGGGAGGUGCGUCUGAGGAGGCCGGUGACAGAGAGAGACAGCGUCAAGCAGAAGCUCCUUGUCCUGGUCAGAGACAACGGCAAGCCCCCGCUCUCAGCCACGGCAGCUCUGAGCGCUCUCCUGCUCAAGGACUUCUCCGACGUGCGCCUCCCGCACAGCAGCCCGGCCACAGAGGAUCAGGACGGCUCCCUGACCACCUAUUUAAUCAUUUCCUUGGUCUUUGUCUCACUCCUCUUCCUCAUCUCCACCGCAGUCUUUGUCGCUCGCAAGGUCUGCAGGAGAAAGCAGCUGAAGGCUGGCCAUGUGCUUUAUGGUGCCGACAACUUGCAGAGCGGCCUGGCCGAUGCAGCCGCUGCAGGGAGCCUGCCCCGCGCCUAUUGCUACGAGAUCAGCCUCACUACGGGCUCGGGCAACAGCGAGUUCAAAUUCCUCAAGCCCAUCCUGCCCAGCCUGCCCCCACAGCACUGCGCCGUGGGCCAGGGCCCGGAUGAGGAACAGGAUUUCCCCUGUGUCCCUGUCAGCACAGAGGACAUGGCCCCAGACAAUGCUGGGACUCUCUCUGCAGGACAGUUCAGCGCUCUUUCCUUUAACUAGCUGAGAUCUGCAGAGACAGAGGCUUCAUGGCUAAUGGGAGGUGGAUAUUCAGGCCACAGCAUGAUGCAGUGGUGCCUGUAGUCUAAAUUUUUAUUUUCAAUUAAUGUAAUCAACUUACUGUGAAUUCUAAUUUAUACUAAAAAAAAAAAAAUUAUCUUCCUCUCCAAAACACAAACAAGCAAACAAGCAAACAAAAGCAACUCAGGUUCUCUCACUGAGGCAAUAGUAUGUUUCAGCUGUCAUGGUCAUUUCUGACAGGGUUUAAGGAAGAGGUUAACACUCCAGCUAUGCUCUUGUCUCUCUUGCUCUCCAACAAGAUGGUGGAGCUUUUCUUCUGUCCUGUGACACAAGGACACUCCUUGUGUCCUAGUUUUGCAGACUAUGCCAGAUCUCCUCCUUCAAAAAAUGUAUAAAACCCCUUUUGCAACUCAGGAAACAAAUAUGUUGAGAGUAUAAUGUCACAAUGUUGUGUGAGGACUGGGCUCUUUCUUCCCUGGAUUCUGGAUACCUUUCUCUGGGAUGUGUGGGCUCUGUGUGCUUUGGUUUCCUGUCAGUCAAUAUAGCCACUGUGUGUCUGCAUAUAAUUCACUAGUGUGGCCUGGUGGAGUUGCUCCCAUCCAACCUUUGCAAUGCAGGCAAUUGCAGCUCACCUGGCAGGAAGGCUAUUCUGAUCCUCUGAGUACAGGAGUCUCAUUUUCUCCAGGGCAGAUAAGAGCAGUAAAAGGUAUGACAAAAUAUUCUUUUUGCCCCAUAAAGCAGUGCUCGGUGUUCUGUCUCCUUGAAAUACAGAAAUGUAACAGCACAAAUGGUGUUUGGUUUACUAUAACUGUACAAAGUUUUGAAAAAAUGUUCCUUUGGUUAUAUUUCAUGAAAAAUCCAUAAGUCCUUCAGAGAGCAUUUUCUAAGGGUAGAAUCAACAAGAAAUGGUAAAAAGGAGAUUGAUGUUGGCCUUCUUAUUUUUCCUGUAUACAGUGGUUUCUCGUUGGGAGUAGAAAGCUGUCCCCAUGUGAUUUUCUCCAUUUGUGUUAGAGCAUUUGCAUUCUCCUUUUUACCCUUUCUCCUGCUACUUUCUGAACUGAGUUUGAGCAUUGUCUUUCUUUUUCUGCUUAAAGAUUGCCACCCCAUGUAUAAUAACUGAUUACUUGAAUGAUGUCUGUGCUGCAUGGAAUAUUCAGAAAGCCUCACGCUGUGUAUUGUUGAAGUUAUAAAGUUUAACAUUGUAAACUUGGAUACCCCUGAGUGUAAAACUGAAAUAAAGAGAACAGCUGAA